GGCGGGGCGGGACGUGGCCGCCCCCGCGGGCUCCGGUGCGUCAGGGCGCGUCAGGCGGGGCGGGGCGGGUCGAGCGCGGGCGGCGGCGGCGGCGGCGCGCACCGGCCUCCUCCUCCUCCUCCUCCCGCACUCGAGCAGCCGCCGCCGGCCGGACGGGCACCGCUCCCGCCACCUCUGCUCGGUCCGCGCCGCGCGCCCUUUUCCGGCAUGUCGGCGGCGGUAGCGUGCGUAGAUUACUUCGCAGCCGACGUGCUCAUGGCCAUCUCUUCGGGCGCCGUGGUGCACCGCGGGCGGCCGGGCCCCGAGGGCGCGGGCCCCGCCGCCGGCCUGGAUGUGCGCGCGCCACGCCGCGAGGCCGCCCCGCCCGGGCCCCCGGGGCCGCCAACGCCGCCCUCCCGGGCUGCCCCCGGCUCGGGCCCUGGAGCUGCCGCCGCGCCCCACCUGCUGGCUGCCAGUAUCCUGGCCGACCUGCGAGGCGGGUCCACUGCGGCCCCGGGGGGCGCCUCGCCCGCCUCCUCCUCCUCGGCCGCUUCGUCUCCGUCCUCCGGCCGCGCCCCCGGCGCCGCGCCUGCCGCCGCCAAGAGCCACCGCUGUCCCUUCCCGGGCUGCGCCAAAGCGUACUAUAAGUCCUCGCACCUCAAAUCGCACCUGCGAACGCACACAGGUGAGCGCCCCUUCGCCUGCGACUGGCCGGGCUGUGACAAGAAGUUUGCGCGCUCCGACGAGCUGGCCCGCCACCACCGGACGCACACGGGGGAGAAGCGCUUCCCCUGCCCGCUCUGCUCCAAGCGCUUCACCCGCAGCGACCACCUUACCAAGCACGCACGCCGCCACCCUGGCUUCCGCCCAGAACUGCUCCGACGCCCAGGCGCCCGCAGUACCUCACCCAGCGACUCCCUGCCCUGCAGCCUGGCUGGCAGCCCAGCACCCAGCCCAGCACCCAGCCCAGCCCCUGCCGGCCUGUAGGGCCCAUCCAGCCCACUCGGAUCUCACCCCACCCAGAGCACCAGCAACAUGCCUGUUGUCCAGGCACCCUUCCAGCGUUCCCCUGAGGGCCCCGAUGCCUCUGGCCCCCUCAAGAAAGCCAGGAGGGGGCCUGAGACUAGACUGGGGUCAGCUGGACCUUUUGGAUAUGCCCCCCACCAUGGGCGGCUGGGCCCGUGUUUGUAAAUAGCCACGACCUAUAAUUCUUCCCGUCUGCUAAACUGGGACCCCAGGCGGGUGGCUGGCAGGUGCUCCUCUCUCCCCUUUGCCACUUCCCUGCUUUGGGGGGCGGGGGGGCGGGAUAUGUGUGUGGAGGGGGGCAGGAAAGGUACCCCCUGCUCAGUGCUUGGAAUCAGCCCCAGGCCCCUCUCUAGAUUGGGAAGAAGUGAGCAAAGAGCCAUAGAGGAUCCAGGGGUGACUGAGGGCACACCUGCCCCCACCCACCCACCUGGGGCUCCUCACCCCAUGGAAAGCCAUUGGAGAUGUU